AUGCUGGCUGGUAUGACGGCGCCAAUUGGCGCUUACAUGCCAGAAACUGUGUUCGUUCCCAUCAAAGUGCUGCGUCAGUCUGGCCUACAAAUGGCUGAGUGGCAUUCGCAGGCGAUUAGGGAAAGGUUGGACUAA